AUGCUUCCCAUAAAGCAUUUCGAAAGUGAUAAGGUUGUAGUUUAUGUAUGUCCGUCGACCUUUAAUGAUGAAAACAAAGCAACUGCUUCUGAAUGGUUCAUCAACCACCCAAAACUGGAUCAAACAGUGGCUUACCAAAUAGGCGAAGACCUAGAGCCUCGCCCUUUGAAAGAUCAGAAGGAGAAGCUAUCUUUGGUUGCAUUGGUUCAUGAGAAAGAAAAAAACAUGAAGUUUUGCAAGAAAUAUCAGGAGUACAUGCAAGGCCAAGAGAAACAACUACCUGGGGUUGAUUUCAAAAAACUAAAAAAGAUUUUGAAGAAGUGUAGGAAAGAUUUUGAAUCCCACCAGGACCACGAUGGCCAAUCCUGUCCUCACCAUUGUUCUGUGUGCGAUGGUACCUUUUUCCCUUCCCUUCUCAGGGAAAUGUCAGCAGUAGUUGGUUGCUUCAAUGAUCGUGCCCAGAAAUUACUUGAGCUGCACCUGGCUUCUGGCUUUCGAAAAUACUUCAUGUGGUUCAAGGGCAAGUUGAAAAAAGACCAUGUUACCUUGGUUCAAGAAGGCAAGGACCUGGUUACCUAUGCACUAAUCAAUGCUAUUGCAGUUCGAAAAAUACUAAAGAAAUAUGACAAGAUCCAUUACUCCAAGCAAGGACUGGCCUUCAAGUCAAAAGCUCAAAGUAUGCACAUUGAGAUCCUUCAGUCCCCAUGGCUUUGUGAGCUUAUGGCUUUUCACAUCAAUUUAAGGGAGACAAAGGUCAAGUCAAACAAGGCUCCAGCAUUGUUCGAGGGGUGCUCACUAACUUUUGAUGAUGACAAACCAUCACUCUCUUGUGAGCUUUUUGACUCCAUCAAGGUUGAUAUUGAUUUGACCUGUUCUAUAUGCCUGGAUACAGUAUUCGAUCCAGUUUCUCUAACAUGUGGCCAUAUCUUCUGCCAUAUGUGUGCUUGUUCUGCGGCUUCGGUGACCAUGGUUGAUGGACUACGGGCAGCAGAGCCUAAAGAAAAAUGCCCUCUAUGCCGGAAGGCUGGAGUUUAUGAAGGUUCCCUACACUUGGAAGAGCUUAAUAUUUUAUUAAGCAGAAGUUGCCGCGAGUAUUGGGAGCAACGACUUCAGGCAGAAAGGAUAGAGAGGAUUCGGCAGGCAAAGGAGCACUGGGAAUUUCAGUGUCGGGCAUUCAUGGGUGUCUAG